AGGGCAUUACAGCAGCAGCCGAUGCCUCCGCAAUGCCUUUCACCGCUGCUGUCGCUGCAGCAGGCCAGAACAGUGCUGCAGAGGCUGGCGCAAGACAGCAGCAGGGCAGUGUGAGCAGUGAGAUGAUGGGCAGUGGGGGGGAGCAGAGGCAGCCGCAGCGGUACCUGGCUGUGCACUGGCGGCGGGGGGAUCUCCUGCUGCUGUAUCAAAAGAUCCUGGCGUUUCUCACUGUGAAGAACGCUGGGAGAUGCAUUGUGGAGAGGAUGGUGAGAUCGGGGAAUAUUUCCACGGUGUUCCUUGCAACGGAUGCCGAUGAGGAAGAGGUGGGGCAGCUGGAACGAGUGAUUAGGAGCCAUCUGCCCGGGGUGGAGAUUGUGCAACUGCCGGAGGAGCUGACAGGGCAGCCUUGGGCGAAAGUGCUUGAACCGUUUCGGUUUCAGAACCAGGCGUUGCUCCGGGCGACACUUGACAAGGCCGUCUGUGCGCUGGCUGAUGUUUUCAUGGGAACACCGAAGUCUUCGUUCUCGUCUGAUAUCGAGCGGCUGAGAACAGCGACGGAUCCGUCGGCGAUGAAUCUAUCCGAGUCGAAUCUACCCGGGACAACCUUAUCCGAGCAAGGGCGAGCGGAGCAUCCCGAUGUGGAGCCUGUCCGCUCGCCCACUCCCCCGCGCAUGGCGGUUGCGGGUGGCGGAGAGGGUGCGGAGGAGAUCGAGGCGGGGGAGCCGAUGCUGGCGAACGGAGCAGACGCAGGUGCUAUCAACGGCGAUAACAUGAGUGGCGGUAAUAAGCGUGACGAUAAUAAGAGUGGCGAUAGUAUGAGCGGCCCGACGGGCGGUACUACUAAUAUGAGGGGAGACAUGGGAGACAUGGCGGCGCUGAAUCUGCUCGAGGAGGAAGAGGGGAUAGCGGAUCCGCCACUCAGCAUCUACUCCAUACUCACCUUCUCAUGGCUCUCCCCCCUCAUGGCGCAAGGUGUGCGCCAAGUGCUAGGCCCCAGCGACCUGUACCCCCUGCCUUCCGCCUUCUCCGCACAGCACCUGGGGGCGAAGCUCAGCGCGCUCUGGGCAAAGCGCAAUCCCCCCCCCGGGCAGCAGCGGAGGGGGGAAACGGGCGCGGGGAAGGGAGGUGGAGGGGGAGGGGGAGGGGGAUGGGCGGGGCGGUACUGGGCGGUGUGUGUGUGGCCGUUCAGGUGGCGGUUGACGCUGGUGGCGGUGCUGAUAGUGGCGGAGUCCGCCCAGCGCAUCCUCUCCGCCUUCCUGCUGCGCCAACUGGUUCGCUUCUCACAAGCCGCACAGGACCUGGAAACAAGCGACCCGGCGUGGCGGGGUUUAUGCUGGCUGGCAGUGCUGAUGGGGCUGCUCCCUUUCCCCUUCUCCCCUCCCUCCCCUCCCAGCCGAUCCGGCGUGGAAGGGGUACCUACUGUUAGUGCUGAUGGGGCUGCUGCCUUCCCCUUCCCCCAUCCCAUCCGCCUCGCUCCCUUCAUAUUUUCCCAGGUUCGUUUCUUGCAAGAUGCACAGGACCCGGAAACAGCCGACCCGGCGUGGCGGGGGUACCUGCUGGCGGUGCUGAUGGGGCUGCUGGCGCUGGGCUUCGCGCUGCUGCACCAUCAGAUCUGGAACCUCUCGCAGAUCGUGGGCUGGAACCUGCGCGUGGCGUCCAUGACGCUCAUCAACAGCAAGCUGCUAUCGCUCAACGGGGGAGCACUGACGCGCAUCACCACGGGCCACUGCAUCACACUCAUGUCUAACGACGUGCGCCGCUUUGAUGAGCUCCCCAUGUUCGCGCAGUUCCUUUGGGCGGCCCCUCUGGAGCUGGUAGUGGUGACGGCGCUCAUAGUCCUGGAAGUGGGGGCCCAGCCUGCGUUUGCUGGCAUUGCGGCCCUCCUUGCGCUUAUUCCGCUGCAGGCCCUGUUCGGGCACUUUUUUGCCAAGCAGCGGCGCAGGACAGUAGAGUUCACAGAUGCGCGGGUCAAGAUGACAGGCGAGGUGCUGUCUGGCAUUCUAGCAGUGAAGAUGUUCGCGUGGGAGGCGCCCUUCACGAGCUUCAUCCAGAGAAUUCGCAACAAAGAGCGCAGAAACAUCGAGCUAGCGUCAUACAUCAAGGCGUUCAACGAGUCGUCCUACUUCGCCUCCUCUUCCAUGGUGUCUCUCGUCAUCUUCGCCACCUACACGCUGCAGGGCGGAUACCUGCAGCCCUCCACGGUCUUCUACGUCAUCUCGCUCGUGCAGCUUCCGCGCCUGUACAUGUGUGUGUUCUUCCCAACGGGCAUCGAGCGAGUGGCAGAGGCAGCCAUCAGCUUCUCGCGGCUAGAGGCUUUCAUGCGGGCCUUAUUGUGCAACCCCUGCCACCCUGUUCCGAAUACCUUCCCACCUUCUCCGCUCCCUGCCACCCUCUUCCCUUCUCGGCAUUUUGGCCUUCAUGACUCGUUUGCAGUACUCUACCCGCCACUCUGCCAGAUGUUUGAGAAGGUUCUAUUCUCGCACCCCCUUCUCUUCCCUCUGCUAUGUCCGGAGGAGAGGGAGGAGGCACCAGGGGGCAAGGAACGGGGCAAGGGGCAGCGGAAGGGUGGCAGCAGUGGCAGUGGUGAUAGCGGGGAGAUGAAUGGGGUAGUGAAUGGGGAGAUGAAGGGGUUGGUAGAUGGGGCAGGGAACGGGGAGUUGAAUGGGGAGGUGAGGGGACAGGCUAGCUCAGAUCUGAACGGGGAGGUGAACGGACAUGGUAUUGUUGCUGGUGGUGGUGGUGGCGGCAGCAGUGGUGGUAGCAGCAGUGCCAGCAGCAUUGGUGGGGGGCGGAUCAGGAGGAAAUGGAUGAGAGGGGCGAGGAGGGCUGUGGGGCGUGGAGGAAGGAGGGGGGGAGGCGAGGGGGGACGAGCGGGGGAGCGAGGGGAGGGCAGAGGAGGGGAGCGGGAGGGUGGGAAGGAAGAGGAGAAGGAGGGAGAGGAGGAUGAUGAGGGGGUGGUGGUGCCAUUGCAGGGUGUGGGAGCGGGCAAGUCCACGCUGCUGGCGGGCAUUCUGGGGGAUGCGGAGCUGAUGGGGGGAGAGAUGGUGUGCCGCGCGGACAAAAUAGCAUAUGCAGCACAGAAGCCGUUCAUCAUGGCCGGAACACUGCAAGACAACAUCAUCUUUGGCCGUCCAUUCCAAGCAGAUCUCUACAGCCAGGUCCUAGACGCAUGCGCCUUACGCCGGGACAUAGCCAACUGGCCGCGGGGCGAUCUGACAGAGAUCGGCGAGCGGGGGGUGAAUCUGAGCGGCGGGCAGAAGGCGCGGGUGGGGCUGGCGCGGGCAGCAUACGCCAGAGACGCGGCGCUGCUGCUACUGGACGACCCGCUGUCUGCGGUGGACCCGGCUGUGGGGCGGCACCUGUUUGAGCAGUGCAUUCGGGGGGUCAUGCAGGGGCGGCCGAGAAUUGUUGUGACUCACCAGCUGCAGUACCUGCCCAGCUGUGACCGAGUGCUUGUACUGGACGGUGGAAAACCUGUGGCUUUGGGUCCCUAUGCGGAUUUGGCAACUCAGGUGGACUUUCAGGGGCUGUUGGGCGGAGACGAGGUGGAGGGGGACGAGGAGGCGGAGGGGGAGGUAGGGGGAACGGGAGAGGAGGACGAUUUGCUAGCUCCUGCUGGUGGUGCGAAAGUGGGAGAUGGCAGGGAGAAGGGAGGAGUGGGGGAGGGUGGGGUGCGGUUGCAGCGUCAGUGUUUGUUCACAGUGGGAGAGGAUGGCGAUGAGGAGGGCACUGGCACUGGCACUGGCUCUGGUGGUGAUGGUGAUGGUGCAAUACAACACUCUGUCCAGAAGGGACCAAGUGGGAGUAAGAGCUCUAGUGGAGGAGUUAUCAUCCCCAUUGCAACUCCAGUUAAAACCCCUGCAGCAGCAGCAAGUAGCCAGCCUACAUCCACCCAUGCGCCUUCCUCUCACGACGACCCAUCCUUCCAGGCGCUGCUGCUGCGGCGGCUUCGCAGCAUCACCCUGCGAGACCGGUCCCUUGGGCGCAGCAGCAGUGGCAGCAGCAAAGGGGGAGGGGUGAAGCUGUCCCGUAGUCGCAGUAUCAUGGGAAGUUUUGUGCACAGGCAGCCGGGAGGGGAGAGGGGGGAGGAGCGUGUGGGGGAGGUGGGGGAGGAAGGAGGGGAUGGGAGAGGGGAAGAGGGUGGUGAGGGGAUGGAGGAGGACGGCGCAGGACAAGGUGGGCUGGUGGGGGUUGUUGAGGGGGGUGUGUGCUUGAGAGUGUGGAUGAGGGUGGUGUGUAGUGUCCGUAUGCUUGGUGCAGAAGGAGCGGAGGGAGGAGGGCAUGGCUUGGUGCAAAAGGAACGGAAGGAGGAGGGCAUGGUGAGUCUGCAAGUGUACCUGGGGUACACCAGGAGGGUGGGCGUAUGGCAGUCGCUGCUGCUCGUCGUCCUCCUCGCCUUUGGACAAACCCUCGCGUGUGCAGGCGACUGGUUCCUUGCGUUCUGGUCCCAAAAGAAGGAUCAGUCGGGCCCGUACCGCCCCAUCUACACCGCACUAGUCCUCACGGGCGUUGUCACAUCCUUCCUCCGCUCGGGGCUCUUCUUCCGGUGGUGUGUGCGCGCUGCCUCGCGCAUCCACUCCGCCAUGCUCGCCUGCGUGCUCGGCUCGCCCCUCGCCUUCUUCCACGCCAACCCCAUCGGCCGCAUCCUCAACCGCUUCUCAGCAGAUCAAGGCAUUCUGGAUGAUUUGCUGCCCUUCACUCUCUUUAACUACCUGCAGACGCUCAGCCUGGCGGUAGGGGCCAUAGUGAUGGUGGCGCUGGGAGUGCCGUGGAUCCUCAUCCCCAUGGCUGUUCUCUUCCUGCUCUUCCUGCGCCUGCGCUACAUUUUCCUCUGCACGUCCCGCGAGGCCAAGCGCCUGGAGGCCAUCACGCGCAGCCCUGUGUGUGCACACUACGCUGCCACCAUCCAGGGUCUGACAACAAUAAGGGCGUUCGGAGCGCAGCAGCAGUCCGCCACCAUCUUCCACCGUCUCCUCAACGCCAACGGCCGCGCCUUCUACUGUUGGCUCGCCGCCUCGCGCUGGCUCGCCUUCCGUCUCGACACAAUCGUCUCCGCCGUGGUGUUUCUCGUCGCCACGCUCGCCGUUGCGCUCAGGACCACCCUUGCGCCUGGCCUCGUGGCACUGGCUUUGAGCUACACACUGCAGAUGUCUGGCAUGCUGCAGUGGGCCGUGCGGCAAGGGGCGGAGGUCGAGAACAUGUUCACGGGUGUUGAGCGAGCAUUGGAGUACACACACUUGCCACAGGAAGAGGGGUUGGAGGUGGGGGGUCAACAAGAGGGGCAGGGAGGUGGCGGGAAGGGAGGCAACAGCAGGAGGAGGUGGCUCAAAGGGGGGCUCUGUGGGAAGAACGAGGAGCAGAAGCAGAGGGAGGGGAAGGGCGAGCAAGGGAGAGGAGGAGAAGAGAAGCAAGGGGAGGUGCUGCCUGGCUGGCCGAACGAAGGGGCAGUGAGGGUGGAGGGGUUGACGGUGCGGUAUAGACCCACUCUGGACCCUGUGUUGCAGGACGUGAGCUUCCAGCUGCUGGGGGGGGAGAAGUGCGGCGUGGUGGGGCGCACUGGCGCGGGCAAGUCAACGCUCAUGCUGGCCCUCUUCCGUCUGGUGCAGCCAUCCGGUGGUUGCAUACUCAUCGACGGUGUUGACACUGCCACCAUCUCCCUCACUCGUCUGCGCAGAAACGUUAUGGCAAUCCCUCAAGAUCCUGUGCUCUUUGGCAGCUCCCUCCGAUUCAAUCUUGACCCUUUCAACCAGCACCCGGACGCAGCGCUGUGGGAGGCGCUAGACGCAGUGCAGCUGAGGGGCAAGGCGGGCGGGCUGCAGAGAGGGCUGGAGGCGAGCAUGAGCGAGUUUGGAGAGAACUUCUCCGUGGGACAGCGGCAGCUCGUGUGCCUCGCACGCGCUGUGCUGCACCGCAGUCGCAUUCUGCUCAUGGACGAGGCGACAGCGAACGUGGACAUGGCCACAGACGCGCUCAUCCAGACCACCAUCCGCCGCCAGUUUGCUGCCAGCACCGUCAUCACCAUCGCUCACCGCCUGCACACCAUCAUCGAUGCCGAUAAGGUUUUGGUGCUGGAGCAGGGCCGGGUGGUGCAGUUUGGGUCACCGCAGCAGCUGGCAGCAGACCGAGUGGGCUCUUUCUCUCGCAUGAUCUCCAAUACCGGCCGAUCAGCUGAGGCAUCCCUGCGCUCUGCUCUCGCCAGAGACGGCUCGUUGCGAGAGGCUUCACUAAGAGAUGCCUCGGUAAAAGAAGCAGCGGCGGGAGAUGUUUCAGGGAGAGAGGAAGGGCAGCGCGACAAGGAGGAUGUGAAUAUUGAUGUGAUGCCGUUGGUGAGUGAUGGUUUGCUUUGUGAUAGGGAUUUAGCUGCUAAGGCAGGGAUUCUGACGAGGAUGGCAUAG